UGUCUCUCCUGUUUCCGUAUUUCUCCGUUGUAGCCUCGGUUAGCCUGCAUGUCCUGGUUAGUGUACAAUAUGAUGCAGGUCUUUUUUGUGUGUGAAUCCGACUGGGUUUUUAUCGCAAAAACCGUCCCUGUUAAGAAGCAGUAACUUGUUUUUUUUUUUUUCAAGUGGGUAUGUUUUGAUGUUGUUGUGUACCGUUUUUAGAAGCAGGGUUGCCACACUCGGGGAAAUCCAAUUGGAUUUUUUAUUUGUCUGCACUUUUUUAACCCCCUGUCAGGCCAUCUAUCUGAGAGCCUGACAGAAAUGGUCGUUAUUAUGUGUUUAGCUCAGAAAACCCUGGUGAGAUGCUUCAUGUCUGGACGGCUUGAAUCUUUGUUAUUCCCUCUUGUAUUUGUUUUCUUUGUUUGAGUGUCUGAGGUUUCCGUCACUUGUGUUUGCUGGGUUUUUUUUUCUUGGGAUCUGAGCGAGAAGCACAUUUCCACCAGGAUUGUAAAUGCUAGCUGUGUUAGCGAUCGUUUGUUGUACGACAGAACUGUGUCACUAAAACGGAUAAAAGCACUCACCUGCCAGUAUCGCUUUCAUGUUUGGGAUAUAUAUUAUUUCAUUUUUAUCGGUCUCAGAUGUCCAACAAUUAUUUUCGAGUUGGAUGUUAUGAUUUUAUGUUGACCGUUUUUUGCUGCUUUUGCGACUGUGAGUGUUAGUGCUGUUUCAGGUUGUUCUUUGUAUGUCCGUGCAGAGAACCGCUUUAGACUGGACAGGCGGAACAACAGAAAUGCUUCUGCUGCACAACCGUAGGAUAGACUAAAUCCCAGUCGGUAAAUCAGUCAGCUUUUGAACCGCCUUGCCGGUCAAUCGGAGAGGUCAGCUCGCCAAAUUCAGCGUGUCACCGGUCGCCACAACCUGCUAAGGUAGCUGCUUCAGACGGAACCGUCUGAAAGAUACCGGUGAUUUUUCCCCAUGAUAAGAUUCUUACCUUCUCAAUUCUACCUAAUUUUCUAAUUUCUGCUAUUAUUUAUCCUGACUUACAUUAUAUUUCAAUGUCAGUGUGUUUCUGUCUGUAGGGGGUUGGUGUUUAAUGUGUGUUUGUUUUUGCUCUUAUCUCAUCCACACCAGACCUGCUUCUCAGUCCAAAAACCUCAGCUCUAGCCCAAUUGGCUUAGAGACCAACUGCAUCCUGUUUGCUCAGUGAUUGGCCUAUUCGGAUGUUCUCCAAUGUAUGAGGCAUUAUUUCAUCAUGAUGGAAGCUGUAUGUUCGAUGAAGGCUUCUCUCAGUGUGAUUACCAACAAGAUCCUUAUGAUGACUUUGACUGGACACACAUCAACACGCAGGAAGUGCCAUAUGUAUCCCCCUACUUGCCAAAAGGUUCCUACAUGUACGUGGAUGUCUCUCAGUAUGAAGUCGGGGAGAAGGCCAGGUUUCAACUGCCGGUGAUGAAGGAGAAUGACACCCACUGCAUCGACUUCAACUAUCAACUCAUCAGCCCCGAUGGCUCCAGUCCCGGUACCCUCAAUGUCCUGGUCAAGGUCAACAAGGGUCCCUUGGCCAACCCUAUUUGGAAUGUAACAUCCUAUACUGGUAAAGACUGGCUGAAGGCCGAACUCGCCGUCUCCACCUUCUGGCCCAAUGAAUACCAGGUUAUAUUUGAAGCAGAGAUUUCGGACAGGAAAGCCGGCUUCAUCGUUAUAGAUGACAUUCAGGUGCUCAGUUAUCCAUGCGAUAAAUCCCCUCAUUUCCUGCGUCUUGGAGAUGUAGAGGUAAACGCCGGUCAGAACGCCACCUUUCAGUGUAUCGCCACCGGACGAGAUACGGUGAACAAUAAACUCUGGCUUCAGAGGAGAAACGGAGAAGAUAUUCCCGUCUCUCAGAGGAAAAACAUCAACCACAGACGGUUCUCCGCCUCAUUCCAUCUCAACGAAGUCACCAAUCAGGAUCAAGAUCUGUAUCGCUGUGUCACCCAGUCAGAGCGCGGAUCCGGGGUGUCCAACUUCGCCGGUCUCAUCGUCAGAGAGCCUCCACACCCGAUAGCCCCACCCCAGCUGCUCGGUGUUGGCCCCACCUACCUGCUGAUUCAGCUCAAUGCCAACUCCAUCUUUGGAGACGGUCCCAUUAUACUGAAAGAGGUGGAGUACCGCAUGACAUCGGGUACCUGGACAGAAACUCAUGCUGUCAACUCCCCCAACUACAAGUUAUGGCAUCUCGACCCAGACACCGAGUACGAGAUCAGGGUCUUACUCACGCGACCGGGAGAGGGCGGGACUGGCAAACCUGGACCGACGCUCAUCACGCGGACCAAAUGUGCAGAACCCAUGCGUACUCCGAAAAGGCUGAAGAUCGCCGAGACCCGAUCCCGCCUGAUCGCUGUGGACUGGGAAUCGUUAGGCUACAACAUCACCCGCUGCCACACCUUUAACGUCACCAUCUGCUAUCACUACAUGACGGCAAACAACCGCAGUAAGGCCGACUGUCUGGACAUGGACCCAAAAGCACCACGCCACAUCGUAGGAAAUCUACCACCUUAUACCAACGUCAGUCUGAAGAUGAUUUUGACCAACCCGGAGGGAAGAAAGGAGAGUGAUGAAACAAUCAUCCAAACUGACGAAGAUGUUCCAGGUCCGGUCCCCACUCAGUCGGUACGAGCCACACCAUUUGAGGACAGAAUUCUCCUUUACUGGAAAGAACCAUCAGAGCCCAAUGGCGUCAUCAUCCAAUAUGAGAUCAGCUACAGUGGUUUGCGUUCUUUCGACCCAUCGGUGCCUCUGCAGCGGCCCGGGCUCACGGCGUCUUUACCCUCGAACGCCACCCAUCACCUCUUCUCCCAGCUCCACCCAGGGGUCACUUACCAGCUCUCCAUACGAGCAUCCACCUCGAAAGGAUUCGGUCCUGCGACCACACUCAAUGUGACGACUAAUAUUUCAGCCCCAACAAUAGAUGAGUAUGAUGGCUCUGAGGCCUUUUUGAACGAAACCGCAACGACCAUCACAGUUCUGUUGAAACCAGCCCAGGCCAAGGGAGCACCGAUAAGUGCUUACCAGAUUGUGGUGGAGGAAGUGAAUCCCCAGCGAACACGUCGCCAGGCCUCCUCUGACUGUUAUGAGGUUCCAGUUUCCUACCACAGUGCAUCUACCGGUGGGUCGCCAUAUUAUUAUGCCGCUCAGCUGUCCCCCAGCAACCUGCCAGAGCCCCUCCCGUUCACCGUUGGAGACAACAGGACAUAUCAGGGUUUCUGGAACGCUCCUUUGGCUCCGAGGAAGAACUACAACAUCUACCUUCAAGCUGUUAGCAGCACUGAGCGGGAAACUAAAACACAGUGUCUGAGGCUGGCUACUAAAGGUGCCACCGAGGAACCCGAAGUCAUCCCCGACCCCGCCAAGCAGACGGACCGCGUGGUGAAGAUCGCCGGUAUCAGCGCCGGAGUCCUGGUCUUCAUACUGCUGGUGCUGGUAGCCAUCUUAUUGGUCAAGAAAAGGAGGACCUACUAUUCGUACUCUUAUUACCUGAAGCUGGCAAAGAAGCGUAAGGACGCCAUUGGAACCACGCGGCAGGAAAUGACGCACAUGGUGAACGCCAUGGAUCGCAGCUAUGCGGACCAGAGCACCCUGCAUGCCGAGGACCCCAUGGCGGUGACCUUCAUGGACUCUCAUAACCACAACAACAGAUUGCCCAACGAUCCUCUGGUCCCCACUGCUGUGUUAGAUGAGAACCACAGUGCAUCGGGGGCGGAGAACAGCCGUCUCCUGGACGUCCCUCGCUAUCACUGUGAAGGGACCGAAUCGCCGUAUCAGACGGGACAGCUUCACCCCGCCAUCAGAGUGGCCGACCUUCUGCAGCACAUCAACCUGAUGAAAACCUCCGACAGUUACGGCUUCAAGGAGGAGUAUGAAUUGGUGAUUCAGAGUUUUUUUGAAGGCCAGUCCGCCACCUGGGAUGUGGCAAAGAAGGAGCAAAACCGCACCAAGAACCGUUAUGGCAACAUUAUAGCAUAUGAUCAUUCAAGGGUCAUUCUCCAGCCCAUAGAAGACGACCCCUCCUCCGACUACAUCAACGCCAACUACAUCGAUGUAAGUGGAAACGCAUCGAAUGCUACUAUUGGCUCCCAAAGAAACCAACGAAACCACACUCCCUCGCUCAUUUGGCUGUACAGGGAUGGCUACCAGAGACCAAGCCACUACAUUGCCACCCAAGGUCCUGUGCAUGAGACCGUGUAUGACUUCUGGAGGAUGGUGUGGCAGGAACAGUCGGCCUGUAUUGUCAUGGUAACCAAUCUGGUGGAGGUUGGAAGGGUCAAGUGCUACAAAUACUGGCCGGAUGACGCCGAGGUGUACGGCGACUUCAAGGUGACUUUUGUCGAGGUGGAACCGCUUGCUGAAUAUGUGGUCCGCACAUUCACGUUGGAGAGGCGUGGUUUCAACGAGGUGCGAGAAGUCAAGCAGUUCCACUUCACAGGCUGGCCUGAUCACGGAGUUCCAUAUCACGCCACCGGACUGCUUUCCUUCAUCCGAAGAGUUAAAAUCUCCAACCCGCCGUCUGCCGGGCCUAUUGUGGUCCACUGCAGUGCCGGAGCAGGACGCACAGGCUGCUUCAUAGUCAUCGACAUCAUGCUGGACAUGGCCGAGCGAGAGGGCGUGGUCGACAUCUACAACUGCGUCAAGGCACUUCGGUCCAGGAGGAUCAACAUGGUACAGACUGAGGAGCAGUACAUAUUCAUCCAUGACGCCAUAUUAGAGGCUUGUCUCUGCGGGGAAACGGCCAUUCCGGUCUGCGAAUUUAAAGCCGCCUUUUAUGAGCUGAUCCGCAUCGACUCACAGACCAACUCGUCACAUCUCAAGGACGAAUUCCAGACAUUAAACUCGGUGACCCCUCAGCCUCAGCCCGAAGACUGCAGCAUUGCAUUGUUGCCUAGAAACCAGGACAAGAACCGCUUCAUGGACGGCCUUCCUCCCGACAGAUGCCUCCCCUUCCUCAUUACGAUAGACGGCGAAAGCAGCAACUACAUCAACGCCGCUCUCAUGGACCUGUCAGAGGAGUUCCAGAGCUACAGACAACCCGCCGCCUUCAUUGUCACUCAGCAUCCUCUGCCCAACACCGUCAAGGACUUCUGGCGUCUGGUGUACGACUACGGAUGCACAAGCCUGGUGAUGCUCAAUGAAAUCGACCUUACGCAGGGUUGUCCCCAGUACUGGCCAGAAGAGGGCAUGCUGCGUUACGGGCCCGUCCAGGUAGAAUGCAUGUCCUGCUCAAUGGACUGCGAUGUGAUCAGCCGGCUCUUCAGAGUCUGCAACCUCACCAGGCCUCAGGAAGGCUACUUGAUGGUCCGCCAGUUCCAGUACUUGGGCUGGGCGGGACACAGGGAGGUCCCGGCCUCCAAGAGAAGUUUCCUCAAGCUCAUCCUGCAGGUGGACCAGUGGCAGCGCGAGGGGGAGGAGGGAGAGGGAAGAACCAUCGUCCACUGCCUAAACGGAGGCGGUCGUAGCGGAGUAUUCUGCGCCAGCAGCAUCGUGUGCGAGAUGGCCAAGAGGCAGAGCGUGGUUGACGUCUUUCACGCCGUCAAAACGUUGAGGAACAGCAAGCCCAAUAUGGUGGACACUCCGGAGCAGUACAGGUUCUGCUACGACCUGGCCCUGGAGUUCAUCGAGUCCUCCUAGACGCAGAAGAAGAGGAGGUGCAGAAAAAGGCCCCGCCUCUUCCUGCCCCGGUAGCAUGCUGUCAUUCCUCACAAAGCACGUCACAGCGCCCCCCUCCACCCCACCCCACCCCCGUGGCGGCGUGCUGAGGAACCGGACUUCGGGUGGACUCCUUCAUGCUUUUUUCUUGUACAGCUUCAUGAGUGCCAGUUUGGGACCAGACAUGGAUGGUUCAGUCCCUGACCAGUUGCAGUACUCCCAUCUGCCCUCAAGGGGUCGUUGCAGCACUGCAAAUUAGUACAAGAACUUUACGAUUAGUUUUACUUUUUUUUUAAUUAUUAGCCAAAAUACAUACACCGGAAAAAAAACAUAAUUGGGUCUGCUUGUCAUGUAGAGACUGACAAAAAAAAACUUUUGUGUUGUUAUGUUGAGUAUUAUUAGGCUUUUACAUUUGUCAUGUCAUGAAGAAGUCUUAGAAAAUGUGAUUUUUAUUUGUAAAAGUGUUGUGUAAGUUAAUUUUCGCUCAUUGUUUUUGUCGUGCGGGCGGACGGAAGUCUUCCCUGCACUCCAAAAUUUUUUAUUCAGUUUAAAUUGAGGGCUGGGCCCGGUACUCUUUCAAUUUAAAGAUCUUAUUGGAAAUCCCACCCAGUCAGCCCAGCAGCUCCUUAAUGGUUUAAGGACUACAUGGCGCAUCCUGACUUGCCAGGCGACUUAUUCGUCUUCUUUUUUUAAUGAUUUUUCUCGUCUUGUAGCUACGUGUGUUUCUUCAUAAGCCAAAGACUUUGGUGUAAAUAUGUCUAUAAGGUUAAAGCACAUUGUUUGUAUUUAUUGUUUACUUGCAUUGCUUGUAAGAACAAUCAUUCUUCACUCCAUGUUUACGCCGCCGCCAGCACCCGAGUGGGGGUCAAAGUGUCGUAACGGGCCCGUCAAGCGAGAGGAGAGAACCAAGCUGUAUAUUGGAGCGUUAGUUAAUUUUUUUUGUUGUUGUUCAGUAUUUACUCUGUAGUAUUGUCUUGUUUUCACUUAAUGAAUCUGUGGCGUUCCUGUGCUUUUUAUUUUGUGCAACCAUGGCUUCCUUUACGGUCAGUGCAGUAUUUUUGCAUCAUCCGGAACAGACGGGAUAAGCGACUUAUUUAUCCCAGGCUUAACGAGUGAAACGGAACGA